GCCGCUCCAGCCGUCGUCGUUGGCGGAGGCUGCGAGGGCGCGCGCCCGCCCGCCCGGUCCGCGGGGACGAGGAGGCGGCGGCGGCGGCGGCGAGGAUGAUGAUGUGCGCGGCGACUGCCUCCCCCGCCGCCGCCUCCUCCGGGCCCGGCGGGGACGGAUUCUUCGCAGCCGCCACCAUCUCUUCCUCCCCGGCGCCGGGGGCGCUGUUCAUGCCGGUUCCCGACGGCUCGGUGGCCGCCGCGGGGCUGGGGCUGGGGCUGCCCGCCACGGACUCCCGGGGCCACUAUCAGCUGCUGCUGUCAGGCCGGGCCUUGGCCGACCGCUACCGGAGGAUUUACACCACUGCGCUCAGUGACAGGGAGCAGGCCGGCAGCGGCUCUGCACACCCGGCCUCCAGGAAUAAGAAACUUUUAAAUAAGAAGAAAUUGAAACGAAAACAGAAGAGCAAGUCAAAAGUAAAGACAAGAAACAAGUCUGAAAACUUGGAGAAUACAGUAAUUAUACCAGAUAUCAAACUACAUAGCAAUCCCUCUGCCUUCAAUAUUUACUGUAAUGUACGGCAUUGCGUUUUGGAAUGGCAGAAAAAGGAAACAUCAUUGGCAGCUGCAUCUAAGAACUCUGUACAGAGUGGAGAAUCAGACAGUGAUGAGGAAGAGGAGUCCAAGGAGCCCCCUAUCAAGCUGCCAAAGAUCAUUGAGGUUGGGCUUUGUGAAGUCUUUGAAUUGAUCAAGGAGACUCGAUUUUCUCAUCCAUCCCUGUGUCUAAGGAGCCUCCAAGCCUUGCUGAAUGUGCUUCAAGGCCAGCAGCCAGAAGGACUCCAAUCAGAGCCACCAGAGGUCCUAGAGUCUCUCUUCCAGCUCCUUUUGGAAAUUACUGUUCGGAGCACUGGGAUGAAUGACAGCACAGGACAGUCCCUCACAGCACUUUCCUGUGCUUGCCUCUUUAGUCUGGUGGCUUCUUGGGGAGAAACGGGAAGGACACUCCAGGCCAUCUCUGCUAUACUAACCAACAAUGGCAGUCAUGCUUGCCAAACUAUUCAGGUGCCAAUGAUACUCAAUUCACUACAGAGAAGUGUGCAGGCAGUGUUGGUUGGAAAGACUCAGAUCCAGGACUGGUUUAGCAAUGGCAUUAAGAAAGCAGCUCUAAUGCACAGAUGGCCAUUGAAAGAAGUAUCUGUUGAUGAAGAUGACCACUGUUUGCUUCAGAAUGAUGGAUUUUUUCUUUAUUUGUUAUGCAAGGAUGGAUUAUACAAAAUAGGCUCUGGAUACAGUGGAACAGUUAGGGGCCAUAUAUAUAAUUCUACAUCCCGUAUCAGAAACAGAAAAGAAAAAAAGUCCUGGUUAGGGUAUGCCCAGGGUUAUUUAUUAUAUCGAGAUGUAAAUAACCACAGUAUGACAGCCAUAAGAAUAAGCCCUGAAACACUGGAACAAGAUGGUACUGUAAUGUUACCAGAUUGUCACACUGAAGGUCAAAAUAUUUUAUUUACUGAUGGAGAGUAUAUUAAUCAGAUAGCUGCUUCAAGAGAUGAUGGCUUUGUUGUCAGAAUAUUUGCCACAAGCACUGAGCCUGUACUGCAACAAGAAUUACAGCUUAAAUUGGCCAGGAAAUGCUUACAUGCCUGUGGAAUAUCACUGUUUGAUUUGGAAAAGGAUUUGCAUAUAAUAAGUACAGGAUUUGAUGAGGAGUCAGCGCUUCUUGGUGCUGGACGAGAAUUUGCACUAAUGAAAACAGCAAAUGGAAAGGUAUAUUACACUGGCAAGUACCAGAGUCUUGGAAUCAAACAAGGUGGUCCUUCAGCAGGAAAAUGGGUUGAGUUACCAAUUACCAAAUCUCCCAAGAUCGUACACUUCUCCGUUGGACACGAUGGCUCACACGCCCUUCUAGUUGCGGAGGACGGAAGUGUGUUCUUUACAGGAUCUGCAAGCAAAGGAGAAGACGGAGAAUCCACUAAGAGCAGACGACAGUCAAAACCCUAUAAACCUAAAAAGAUUAUUAAAAUGGAAGGAAAGACUGUGGUAUACACAGCCUGCAAUAAUGGAAGUAGUUCUGUCAUUUCUAAAGAUGGAGAACUAUACAUGUUUGGGAAAGAUGCUAUUUAUUCUGAUAGUUCAAGUUUGGUGUCUGAUUUGAAAGGCCAUUUUGUAACUCAGGUAGCAAUGGGCAAAGCUCACACUUGUGUUUUAAUGAAAAAUGGAGAGGUUUGGACAUUUGGUGUAAAUAAUAAAGGACAGUGUGGACGAGACACUGGUGCUAUGAACCAAGGAGGGAAAGGGUUUGGAGUGGAGAACAUGGCGACAGCCAUGGAUGAAGACCUGGAAGAGGAGCUAGAUGAGAAAGACGAGAAGUCCAUGAUGUGCCCUCCAGGCAUGCACAAGUGGAAGCUGGAGCAGUGCAUGGUGUGCACAGUGUGUGGGGACUGCACAGGCUAUGGCGCCAGCUGUGUCAGCAGUGGGCGUCCCGACAGAGUGCCCGGAGGGAUCUGUGGCUGUGGUUCGGGAGAAUCUGGCUGCGCUGUGUGUGGAUGCUGCAAGGCUUGUGCAAGAGAACUGGAUGGCCAAGAGGCAAGACAAAGAGGGAUUCUUGAUGCAGUGAAAGAAAUGAUACCUCUAGACCUCCUUUUAGCUGUCCCUGUACCUGGGGUCAAUAUUGAAGAACAUCUUCAGUUACGGCAAGAAGAAAAACGACAACGUGUCAUUAGAAGACACAGACUAGAAGAUGGAAGAGGCCCCCUUGUAUUUGCUGGUCCUAUUUUUAUGAACCACCGAGAACAGGCUCUAGCCAGACUCAGAUCCCAUCCAGCUCAGCUAAAGCAUAAACGGGACAAGCACAAAGAUGGAAGUGGAGAUAGAGGGGAAAAGGAUGCAAGCAAAAUCACAACCUAUCCUCCAGGCUCCGUGAGGUUUGACUGUGAGCUCCGAGCAGUACAAGUCAGCUGUGGAUUUCACCAUUCAGUGGUUUUGAUGGAGAAUGGAGAUGUCUAUACAUUUGGAUAUGGACAGCAUGGCCAACUGGGACACGGGGAUGUCAACUCCAGGGGAUGCCCCACUCUUGUUCAAGCCUUGCCAGGCCCUAGCACACAAGUCACUGCCGGCAGCAACCACACGGCUGUCCUUUUAAUGGAUGGACAGGUCUUCACAUUUGGAAGUUUUUCUAAAGGACAGCUGGGACGACCCAUUUUGGAUGUACCAUAUUGGAAUGCCAAGCCAGCCUCCAUGCCUAACAUUGGAUCAAAAUAUGGACGGAAAGCCACUUGGAUAGGUGCAAGUGGGGACCAGACUUUCUUACGAAUUGAUGAAGCACUUAUAAAUUCUCAUGUACUUGCAACAUCAGAAAUUUUUGCUAGCAAACACAUAAUAGGCUUGGUACCUGCUUCUAUAUCAGAACCUCCACCAUUUAAAUGCCUUCUUAUCAAUAAAGUGGAUGGAAGUUGUAAGACUUUUAAUGACUCUGAACAAGAAGAUCUGCAAGGAUUUGGUGUGUGUCUUGAUCCUGUGUAUGACGUGCUUUGGAGGUUCCGACCAAGUACCCGAGAGCUCUGGUGUUACAAUGCAGUGGUUGCUGAUGCCAGACUUCCUUCUGCAACAGACAUGCAGUCCAGAUGUAGUAUUCUAAGUCCAGAACUUGCUCUACCAACAGGAUCGAGGGCUCUUACCACCCGAUCUCAUGCAGCCUUGCACAUUCUGGGUUGUCUUGAUACUUUGGCUGCUAUGCAGGACUUGAAGAUGGGCAUUGCAAGUACAGAGGAAGAAACUCAAGCAGUAAUGAAAGUGUAUUCCAAGGAAGAUUACAGUGUAGUAAACAGGUUUGAAAGUCACGGAGGGGGCUGGGGUUACUCUGCCCAUUCAGUUGAAGCCAUACGUUUUAGUGCUGACACUGACAUUUUACUUGGUGGCCUUGGUCUUUUUGGAGGUAGAGGAGAAUAUACUGCUAAAAUAAAGUUAUUUGAGUUGGGUCCUGAUGGAGGAGAUCAUGAAACUGAUGGAGACCUUCUUGCAGAGACUGACGUGUUGGCUUAUGACUGCGCUGCUAGAGAAAAAUAUGCAAUGAUGUUUGAUGAGCCGGUUCUCCUGCAAGCUGGGUGGUGGUAUGUAGCAUGGGCUCGAGUGUCAGGUCCCAGCAGUGACUGUGGGUCUCAUGGACAAGCUUCUAUUACUACAGAUGAUGGGGUCAUUUUCCAGUUCAAGAGUUCAAAGAAAUCAAAUAAUGGUACUGAUGUAAAUGCUGGUCAGAUACCUCAACUGUUAUACAGACUCCCAACCAGUGACGGCAGCGCUUCCAAAGGCAAGCAGCAGACUAGUGAGCCUGUCCACAUACUAAAGAGAUCGUUUGCACGAACUGUCUCAGUGGAAUGUUUUGAGUCAUUGCUAAGUAUUCUUCACUGGAGCUGGACCACCUUAGUCUUAGGAGUUGAAGAACUUAGAGGAUUGAAAGGGUUCCAGUUCACAGCCACACUUCUGGAUUUAGAGAGACUGCGCUUUGUGGGGACCUGUUGUCUGCGGUUACUGAGAGUCUAUACCUGUGAGAUAUACCCAGUGUCAGCUACAGGAAAAGCAGUUGUAGAAGAAACUACCAAGUUAGCAGAGUGUAUUGGAAAGACAAGAACUUUGUUAAGAAAAAUUUUGUCGGAAGGAGUUGACCAUUGCAUGGUGAAGCUGGAUAACGACCCUCAGGGCUACCUGAGCCAGCCCCUGAGCCUCCUGGAGGCGGUCCUUCAGGAGUGCCACAACACCUUCACCGCCUGCUUUCUGUCCUUCUACCCGACACCUGCGCUCCAGUGGGCUUGCCUUUGUGACCUGCUCAACUGUUUGGAUCAGGACAUCCAAGAAGCAAACUUUAAGACGUCCAGCAGCCGGCUCCUUGCAGCUGUCAUGUCAGCUCUGUGCCACACUUCUGUUAAGCUGACAUCUAUCUUCCCUAUCGCGUAUGAUGGAGAAGUGUUGCUGCGGUCAAUUGUCAAGCAAGUCAGCACAGAGAAUGACUCCACACUAGCUCAUCGUUUCCCGCUUUUGGUGGGACACAUGGAAAAGCUCAGCCAGAGUGAAGAGAACAUCUCGGGGAUGACAAGCUUCCGGGAAGUUCUGGAGAAGAUGCUGGUCAUUGUUGUGCUUCCGGUUAGAAACAGCCUUCGGAGAGAAAAUGAGCUCUUCUCUUCACACUUGGUCUCUAACACCUGUGGAUUACUGGCCAGCAUUGUCAGUGAACUGACGGCGUCAGCCCUGGGGUCUGAGGUUGAUGGACUUAAUUCUCUUCACUCUGUAAAAGCCAGUGCUAACCGAUUCACAAAAACAAGUCAGGGAAGGAGUUGGAACACUGGAAAUGGAUCCCCCGAUGCAAUCUGUUUUGCAGUAGACAAACCUGGAAUUGUUGUGGUUGGUUUCUCUGUCUAUGGAGGAGGUGGUAUACACGAGUACGAAUUAGAGGUUUUGGUUGAUGACAGUGAACAUGCAGGAGAUUCAACUCAUUCUCACAGAUGGACAUCUCUAGAAUUAGUUAAAGGAACUUAUACAACUGACGAUUCACCCAGUGACAUAGCAGAAAUCAGACUUGACAAAGUUGUUCCUUUAAAGGAAAAUGUUAAGUAUGCUGUGCGCUUGAGGAACUAUGGAAGUCGUACAGCCAAUGGAGAUGGAGGAAUGACCACUGUUCAGUGCCCGGAUGGAGUGACUUUUACCUUCAGCACAUGCAGCUUGAGCAGUAAUGGCACAAACCAAACCAGAGGACAAAUCCCACAGAUUCUGUACUAUAGGAGUGAAUUUGAUGGAGAUUUACAAUCCCAACUUCUUAGUAAAGCCAAUGAAGAAGACAAAAACUGUAGCAGAGCUCUCUCUGUGGUAAGCACUGUUGUUCGAGCUGCUAAGGAUCUGUUGCACAGAGCUCUUGCUGUGGAUGCUGAUGACAUUCCAGAACUGCUUAGCUCUUCCAGUCUGUUUUCCAUGCUGCUUCCCCUUAUUAUAGCCUACAUAGGACCAGUAGCUGCUGCUAUUCCCAAGGUUGCUGUGGAAGUUUUUGGCCUUGUCCAGCAAUUGCUUCCCUCAGUUGCCAUUUUGAAUCAGAAGUAUGCACCCCCUGCGUUCAAUCCCAAUCAGUCAACUGAUAGCACCACAGGAAACCAACCGGAGCAAGGCCUGUCGGCUUGUACCACUUCUAAUCACUAUGCUGUCAUCGAGAGUGAGCACCCGUACAAGCCUGCCUGUGUGAUGCACUACAAGGUGACAUUCCCAGAAUGUGUUAGAUGGAUGACAAUCGAAUUUGACCCUCAGUGUGGCACUGCACAGUCAGAAGAUGUCCUCCGUCUGCUUAUCCCUGUCAGAACUAUUCAGAACUCAGGAUAUGGACCAAAACUGACAACUGUUCAUGAAAACCUUAAUUCAUGGAUAGAAUUAAAGAAAUAUUCAGGAUCCUCUGGAUGGCCUACUAUGGUUUUAGUGUUGCCAGGAAAUGAAGCCCUUUUUUCACUGGAAACUGCUUCAGAUUAUGUGAAAGAUGAUAAAGCCUCCUUCUAUGGUUUCAAGUGUUUUGCAAUUGGAUAUGAAUUUAGCCCUGGACCUGAUGAGGGAGUUAUUCAGCUGGAAAAAGAAUUAGCCAAUCUCGGUGGGGUCUGUGCAGCAGCUCUGAUGAAGAAGGAUCUGGCACUUCCUAUUGGUAAUGAGUUGGAGGAAGAUCUUGAAAUUCUUGAAGAGGCUGCAUUGCAGGUGUGCAAAACUCAUUCUGGUAUUCUUGGAAAGGGUUUGGCUCUUUCUCAUUCACCAACCAUCUUAGAGGCACUUGAAGGAAACUUACCACUUCAAAUCCAAAGCAACGAGCAGUCCUUUCUGGAUGACUUCAUCGCCUGUGUCCCAGGAUCAAGUGGUGGAAGGCUUGCAAGAUGGCUUCAGCCAGAUUCCUAUGCUGAUCCUCAAAAAACAUCAUUGAUCCUGAAUAAGGAUGAUAUUCGUUGUGGCUGGCCCACCACCAUAACUGUUCAAACAAAAGACCAGUAUGGAGAUGUGGUUCAUGUUCCCAACAUGAAGGUGGAAGUGAAAGCUGUACCUGUUUCUCAGAAAAAAACAUCUUUACAGCAAGAGCAAGUAAAGAAAUCUCAAAGGAUUCCUGGGAGUCCUUCAGUAGCAGCAACAUCUUCUAACACCGACAUGACUUUUGGUGGGUUGGCAUCACCAAAGCUGGAUGUUUCGUAUGAGCCAAUGAUAGUAAAGGAGGCACGGUACAUUGCUAUAACAAUGAUGAAGGUAUAUGAAAACUACUCAUUUGAAGAACUGCGUUUUGCAUCACCAACUCCUAAAAGGCCCAGUGAAAACAUGCUGAUUCGGGUUAAUAACGAUGGGACGUACUGUGCAAACUGGACUCCAGGGGCUAUUGGGCUCUACACCAUUCAUGUUACCAUCGAUGGCAUUGAAAUAGAUGCUGGCCUUGAAGUAAAAGUAAAAGAUCCACCAAAAGGGAUGAUCCCACCAGGAACACAGCUGGUCAAGCCAAAGGCUGACCCUCAGCCAAAUAAGAUUCGAAAAUUUGUGGCCAAGGACAGUGCUGGUCUCCGCAUCCGAAGCCAUCCUUCCCUUCAGAGUGAGCAGAUUGGCAUAGUAAAAGUCAAUGGAACGAUCACUUUUAUUGAUGAGAUCCACAAUGAUGAUGGCGUGUGGUUGAGGCUGAAUGAUGAGACAAUAAAGAAGUAUGUUCCUAACAUGAAUGGUUACACGGAAGCCUGGUGCCUCUCUUUUAAUCAGCAUCUUGGCAAGAGCCUUCUGGUCCCUGUUGACAAUAUCUUUAAUGCUAGCCAAGGAGUCAGGGAUUUGGACGUAUUUUCAUGGACUUCCAAAGCUUUUUUCCCCCAGGAACCUAAAACUAAUACUGAUGACUUUUUCAAAGACGCAAACUGCUGCCCACAGGAAGCAGCAAUGCAAGAACAAGAUAAGCCGUUCUUGAGAGGCGGGCCAGGCAUGUACAAGGUAGUGAAGACAGGACCUUCAGGUCACAACAUCAGAAGCUGCCCAAACCUUAGAGGUAUCCCAAUUGGAAUGUUAGUUCUGGGAAACAAAGUCAAAGCAGUGGGAGAGGUAACCAAUUCUGAAGGGACAUGGGUGCAGCUGGAUAAGAACAGCAUGGUAGAGUUCUGUGAGAGUGAUGAAGGAGAGGCAUGGUCCUUAGCUAGAGACAGAGGCGGAAACCAGUACCUUCGGCAUGAAGAUGAACAAGUUCUUCUGGAUCAGAACUCUCAAACUCCUCCUCCAAGCCCUUUCUCAGUACAAGCUUUUAAUAAAGGGGCAACCUGCGGUGCCCAAGGAUUUGAUUAUGGCCUCGGCAAUAAUAAAGGUGAUCAACUGAGUGCCAUACUGAAUUCCAUUCAGUCACGGCCCAAUCUCCCAGCUCCUUCCAUCUUUGAUGAAGCUGCAAAACCUCCCUCUUCCCUAGUCCACAGCCCAUUUGUGUUCGGACAGCCCCUUUCCUUCCAGCAGCCUCAGCUUCAGAGUGAUAGAGGAACCGUCUCAACAUCUUCAAGACCAGUCUCUACAUCAGGCAAAUCAGAGCUGUCCUCUAAACACAGCAGAUCGAUUAAACCUGAUGGGCGCAUGAGCCGGACCGCUGCUGACCAGAAGAAGCCAAGGGGCACAGAAGGUUUAUCUGCUAGUGAAUCCCUCAUGCUAAAAUCUGAUGCUGCAAAGUUGAGGUCAGAUUCCCACAGUAGGUCACUGUCCCCUAACCACAACACCUUGCAGACAUUGAAGUCUGAUGGGAGGGUGUCGUCCAGCUUCAGAUCUGAAUCCCCAGGACCAGGGUCUAGGUCAUCAUCUCCUAAGCCAAAGACUCUCCCAAGUAAUAGGUCUAGCCCAUCUGGUGCUGGUUCUCCACGCUCCUCUUCACCGCAGGAUAAAAAUCUACCUCAGAAAAGCACAGCUCCUGCUAAGACAAAACUUGAUCCUCCUCGGGAACGUUCCAAGUCAGACUCAUACACACUUGAUCCAGAUACCCUCCGGAAGAAGAAAAUGCCCCUCACAGAACCAUUAAGGGGGCGAUCCACAUCACCAAAACCAAAACAAGUACCAAAGGAUCCUAAAGACUCCCCUGGAUCUGAAAAUAGAGCCCCGUCUCCCCAUGUGGUACAGGAAAACCUCCACAGUGAGGUAGUGGAAGUGUGUACUUCAAGUACUUUAAAAACAAAUAGUGUCACAGACAGCACUUGUGACGAAAACAGUGACUUUAAGAGUGUGGAUGAAGGUUCAAAUAAAGUGCACUUCAGCAUAGGAAAAGCACCCCUGAAAGAGGAGCAGGAAAUGAGAGCGUCACCCAAAAUAAGUCGGAAAUGUGCUAAUAGACACACCAGGCCCAAAAAAGAAAAAUCUAACUUCCUUUUCAAAGGAGAUGGAGCCAAACCUCUAGAGCCAGCCAAGCAAGCCAUGUCUCCAUCUGUGGCUGAGUGUGCCAGGGCCGUCUUCGCCUCUUUUCUGUGGCAUGAAGGCAUAGUACACGAUGCAAUGGCUUGUUCUUCCUUCCUGAAAUUUAAUCCUGAACUUUCCAAAGAACAUGCUCCUAUAAGAAGCAGUUUGAACAGCCAACCACCCACAGAGGAAAAGGAAAUAAAGUUAAAAAAUAGACAUUCAUUGGAAAUAUCAUCUGCUCUCAAUAUGUUUAACAUUGCGCCUCAUGGACCAGAUAUAUCUAAGAUGGGGAGUAUCAACAAAAAUAAAGUCUUAUCUAUGCUUAAGGAGCCACCUCUCCAUGAAAAAUGUGAGGAUGGAAAGUCCGAAGCCGCUUUUGAAAUGUCUGUGCAUCAUACGAUGAAGUCUAAGUCUCCGCUUCCCUUAACCUUACAACACUUAGUGGCUUUCUGGGAAGAUAUCUCUUUGGCUACAAUCAAGGCUGCUUCCCAGAAUAUGAUUUUUCCAAGUCCAGGUUCCUGUGCAGUCCUUAAAAAGAAAGAGUGUGAGAAAGAGAAUAAGAAAACAAAAAAGGAAAAAAAGAAAAAAGAAAAGACAGAAAUUCGGCCAAGGGGCAAUUUGUUUGGAGAAAUGGCCCAGCUGGCAGUAGGCGGACCAGAAAAAGACACUAUCUGUGAGCUGUGUGGAGAGUCACACCCAUACCCAGUGACCUACCACAUGAGACAGGCUCACCCAGGUUGUGGCCGGUACGCUGGUGGACAAGGGUACAAUAGCAUUGGGCAUUUUUGUGGCGGCUGGGCUGGUAACUGUGGAGAUGGGGGCAUGGGAGGAAGCACUUGGUACCUCGUAUGUGAUCGCUGUAGAGAGAAAUACCUCCGUGAAAAGCAGGCUGCUGCAAGGGAGAAGGUCAAACAGUCUAGAAGAAAGCCAAUGCAAGUAAAGACGCCCCGUGCCUUGCCCACCAUGGAAGCACACCAGGUGAUCAAAGCCAAUGCCCUCUUCCUGCUGUCCCUGAGCAGCGCUGCAGAACCAAGCAUCCUGUGCUACCAUACUGCAAGGCCUUUCCAGUCUCAGCUGCCCGUUGUGAAAGAAGGUGUUUCUGAGGACCCCCCUGUGAAAAUGCCUUGUCUCUACUUGCAGACCUUAGCUAGGCACCAUCAUGAAAAUUUUGUGGGCUAUCAAGAUGACAACCUGUUCCAGGAUGAAAUGAGAUAUCUGCGUUCGACAUCUGUCCCUGCCCCCUACAUAUCAGUAACUCCUGAUGCAAGUCCCAAUGUAUUUGAAGAACCAGAGAGCAAUAUGAAGUCUAUGCCACCAAGUUUGGAGACCAGUCCCAUAACGGACACCGACUUGGCUAAGAGGACUGUCUUCCAGAGGUCAUAUUCCGUCGUCGCUUCUGAAUAUGACAAGCAGCAUUCCAUUUUACCUGCACGAGUUAAAGCCAUCCCUAGAAGAAGAGUUAACAGUGGAGACACUGUUGGGUCUUCCCUCUUGAGACAUCCAUCACCUGAGCUUUCCCGGCUAAUCUCAGCCCACAGCUCUCUCUCCAAAGGAGAGCGAAAUUUCCAGUGGCCAGUUUUAGCAUUUGUUAUACAGCAUCAUGAUCUAGAAGGCCUUGAAAUAGCAAUGAAGCAGGCCUUGAGGAAGUCUGCUUGCCGAGUGUUUGCUAUGGAGGCGUUCAACUGGCUCCUCUGUAACGUCAUCCAGACAACGUCUCUGCAUGAUAUUCUCUGGCACUUUGUGGCAGCGCUGACUCCUUCUCCAGUAGAAGCAGAAGAUGAUGAGGAUGAAGAAAAUAAAACAAACAAAGAAAAUGCAGAGCAAGAGAAAGAUACAAGAGUGUGUGAACAUCCACUCUCUGACAUAGUGAUUGCAGGAGAAGCUGCUCACCCUUUACCACAUACAUUCCACUGUUUACUUCAAACCAUCUCUGACCUUAUGAUGUCCCUCCCCAGCGGCAGUUCACUGCAGCAGAUGGCCUUGAGAUGCUGGAGCCUCAAGUUCAAGCAGUCUGAUCAUCAGUUCCUCCAUCAGAGCAAUGUCUUCCAUCACAUUAAUAAUAUCCUGUCAAAGUCAGACGAUGGAGACAGUGAGGAGAGUUUCAGUAUCAGCAUACAGUCUGGCUUUGAAGCCAUGAGUCAGGAGUUAUGCAUAGUCAUGUGCUUAAAGGACUUGACCAGCAUUGUUGACAUAAAAACAUCAAGCCGACCUGCCAUGAUUGGCAGCUUGACAGAUGGCUCCACAGAAACCUUUUGGGAAUCAGGAGAUGAAGAUAAAAACAAAACUAAAAACAUCACUAUCAACUGUGUAAAAGGAAUUAAUGCCCGUUAUGUAUCGGUUCAUGUGGACAAUUCCCGGGAUCUUGGGAAUAAAGUUACCUCGAUGACCUUCUUAACUGGUAAAGCAGUAGAAGAUUUGUGCAGAAUAAAACAGGUCGAUUUGGAUUCCAGGCAUAUUGGCUGGGUAACAAGUGAACUCCCAGGAGGAGACAAUCACAUCAUCAAAAUUGAAUUAAAGGGCCCAGAAAAUACACUAAGAGUUCGACAAGUAAAAGUCCUGGGUUGGAAAGAUGGUGAAAGCACAAAAAUCGCAGGCCAGAUUUCAGCCAGUGUAGCUCAGCAAAGGAACUGUGAAGCUGAGACUCUCCGAGUAUUCAGACUCAUUACAUCUCAAGUAUUUGGAAAGCUCAUCUCUGGAGAUGCUGAACCUACACCAGAACAAGAGGAAAAAGCACUCUUGUCAUCACCUGAGGGAGAGGAAAAAGCAACAUCCGAUGCUGACCUGAAAGAACAUAUGGUUGGAAUCAUAUUCAGCAGGAGUAAACUGACUAACUUACAAAAGCAGGUAUGCGCUCACAUUGUACAAGCCAUUCGCAUGGAAGCCACAAGAGUUCGUGAAGAGUGGGAGCAUGCCAUAUCCAGCAAGGAAAAUGCCAACUCUCAGCCUAGUGAUGAGGACGCUUCCUCAGAUGCCUACUGCUUCGAGCUGCUCUCCAUGGUCCUAGCACUGAGCGGCUCCAAUGUUGGAAGGCAGUACCUGGCUCAGCAGCUGACUCUGCUUCAAGACCUCUUUUCGCUGCUGCACACAGCUUCUCCUAGGGUGCAGAGACAGGUGACCUCCCUGCUAAGACGAGUAUUGCCUGAAGUGACCCCCAGUCGUCUGGCCAGCAUCAUAGGAGUGAAAUCUCUUCCCCCGGCAGAUAUUAGUGACAUCAUUCACUCAACUGAGAAAGGAGACUGGAACAAGCUGGGAAUCUUGGACAUGUUUCUGGGCUGCAUUGCCAAAGCACUCACUGUCCAGCUCAAAGCCAAAGGGACCACCAUCACUGGGACAGCUGGUACCACUGUAGGCAAAGGAGUUACAACAGUCACCCUGCCAAUGAUUUUCAACUCCAGUUACCUCCGCCGAGGUGAAAGUCAUUGGUGGAUGAAAGGAUCAACUCCUACGCAGAUCUCAGAGAUCAUCAUUAAGCUCAUUAAGGAUAUGGCUGCAGGUCACCUGUCAGAAGCUUGGUCCCGGGUGACAAAAAAUGCUAUUGCGGAGACCAUCAUUGCUUUGACCAAGAUGGAAGAAGAAUUCAGGUCUCCGGUGAGGUGUAUUGCAACAACUAGACUCUGGCUUGCUCUAGCAUCACUGUGCGUUCUUGACCAGGACCACGUGGACCGCCUGUCAUCAGGAAGGUGGAUGGGAAAAGAUGGGCAGCAGAAACAAAUGCCCAUGUGUGAUAACCAUGACGAUGGUGAAACUGCAGCUAUCAUCUUAUGCAACAUCUGUGGAAAUUUAUGUACUGACUGUGACAGAUUCCUUCAUCUGCACCGGCGAACCAAAACUCAUCAAAGACAGGUCUUCAAAGAAGAAGAAGAAGCUAUAAAGGUUGACCUUCAUGAAGGCUGUGGUAGAACAAAACUGUUUUGGUUGAUGGCAUUAGCAGAUUCUAAAACAAUGAAGGCAAUGGUGGAAUUCCGAGAACACACAGGCAAACCCACCACAAGUAGUUCAGAAGCAUGCCGCUUCUGUGGGUCCAGGAGUGGAACGGAGCUAUCUGCUGUGGGCAGUGUUUGUUCUGAUGCAGACUGCCAGGAAUAUGCUAAAAUAGCCUGUAGUAAGACGCAUCCUUGUGGGCAUCCGUGUGGAGGUGUUAAAAACGAAGAACACUGUUUGCCCUGUCUGCACGGCUGCGAUAAAAAUGCUAGCACCCUGAAGCAGGACGCCGACGACAUGUGCAUGAUCUGCUUCACCGAAGCGCUCUCUGCAGCUCCAGCCAUCCAGCUCGACUGCAGUCAUGUGUUCCACUUACAGUGCUGUCGGCGAGUUUUGGAAAACAGAUGGCUUGGUCCAAGGAUAACGUUUGGAUUCAUAUCAUGCCCCAUUUGCAAGAACAAAAUUAAUCAUGUAGUAUUAAAAGACCUGCUUGAUCCAAUAAAAGAACUCUAUGAAGAUGUCAGAAGAAAAGCCUUAAUGAGAUUGGAAUACGAAGGUCUACAUAAGAGUGAAGCGAUCACAACUCCUGGGGUCAGGUUUUAUAAUGACCCGGCUGGCUAUGCCAUGAAUAGAUAUGCAUAUUACGUUUGCUACAAAUGCAGAAAGGCAUAUUUCGGUGGUGAAGCUCGCUGUGAUGCUGAAGCUGGACAAGGAGAUGACUACGACCCCAGAGAGCUCAUCUGUGGUGCCUGUUCUGACGUGUCCAGGGCUCAGAUGUGUCCCAAACAUGGAACAGACUUUUUAGAAUACAAGUGUCGCUACUGCUGUUCAGUGGCUGUCUUCUUCUGUUUUGGAACAACACAUUUCUGCAAUGCAUGUCAUGAUGAUUUUCAAAGAAUGACUAGCAUCCCUAAAGAAGAACUCCCACACUGUCCUGCAGGUCCCAAAGGCAAACAGCUGGAAGGAACUGAGUGUCCCCUGCAUGUUGUCCAUCCACCCACUGGGGAAGAGUUUGCUCUGGGGUGUGGAGUGUGCAGAAAUGCUCACACUUUUUAGAACAGUCAGAUCCUUUGUCUACAGAGAGCACGUUGCCUUCAUCCACUGGGAGGAUGCAGUGAGGUUUAACUCUGCUCAGGAUAAGAACGGGACCAUUUUACAUCCGUGAAAACGAACCAUUCGCAGUGCAAGAAUGAUGCCAAAUACAAUGUAUAUACUUCUUGCUACGGAACAUUGCCCUAAUAUUUUGGUUUAUCUUCUUUUGAACCAAGAUAUCAAACUUGUGAGGUGUUUGCAUGUGGCCAUUACCGUUAUUGGCCUGUGAAGCAUUGGACAUUUAUAGAUAAUUGAUAUAAAAGGAUCACCAUACUCAUGAACUAAGAAUGAUGCUGGCUUUCAAGCAAAAAAGAAAAAUAAUCACUGUUUAUUGUAUACUGCCUUUUUGUAAUCCUGUACAAUUGCAUCACGGGUGGGGAUAAAAAGAGGAAUAUUCUGGUUUAUUUCCUAGACUGUUAUUUAAAAAAAAAUUGUGUUAGUAAGGCCUAUAAAUGUAAUAAGUAUCACACUGUAUAUAAAGCUAUCAAUGUUUGUCCUGUAUAAGAAUUACUAAAUUACAAAAGCAGUUUCAUUUAAACUUCUAGGUUAAGUUUGAGCCUGAAAUUUUAAUGAAGUGCAAUACUGAGUGUGCCUCAUUAUCUUGCAGCUGUAAACAUAUUGGAAUGUACAUGUCAAUAAAACCACUGUACAUUUUUAUACAGUGAUAAAGUCUAA